AUGUUUGGUUCCUUGUUUAAAAUAAAGAGUAAAAUAUGGUAUCUCAGAUAUUUUCCAAACAAAUACCAACAUUUAGAUAGAUGGGCAUUUAUAAAUCCUUUUUUUUUUUUCUCUUGGAUUUAUUUUUUGACGUAUAAAAUUAUUUUUAAAAUCCACUGUUAUUCAUUUUCUUCCUCGUUUCUUUUUUCUUCUUCCUUGCUUCCAGCUGUUUCCUUUUUCCUUCUUGUUUCAUUUAACGCGCAUCUUCGUCUUUUCUUCUCUUUUCAUUCACUCUCGUUUCACUCUCGUUUCAUUCUCGUUACUCUUUCUUGUUCCCUUCAUUCUGCUUCUUUCAUGUUUACUACUUCCUGUUUCUUUCAUUUCUUACGUCUCCGCUCCUCUUUGUUUUAUUUUUUCUUCCCCCAGCUCCUUCCUAUUUCCUCUAUUUCUUUUUUUUCUUCUUCUUUCCUUUUUCCUUCUUUUUCUUGCUUCCUUCUUCUUUCCUUCACCCUGCUAUUUAUUGUUUCCUUCUUUCUAUUUCUUUCUUGCCUCCUUCUUUCUGCUAUUUCUUUAUUUUCCUUUCAUUUUUUCCCCCUACUGCCUUCUCGUCUUUCUUUCUUUCUUCCUUCUUCUUGCUUACUUUUUACUUCCUUUCCAAUCGCGCGCUUCAUUUUUUUGCCGCCAUUUUGUUUAUUCUUCUCUUCCUUUUUCUUUCUACGUCUCGCUUUAUCAUUCUUGUUUUUAUCAUCUAUCUUCAAACUUAUUUGCUUGCUCUCUUUUUUUUUAGCGUCUUUCGCCAUAAGUAUAUUUUUGCAAAUAACAACAUCAGACAUUCGCCUUCACUACUGCUACCUACCUAUCUAUCUAUCUAUCUAUCUAUCUAUCUAUCUAUCUAUCUAUCUGUCGUCGUUGUCGGAACUUAUUUCAGAGAACUGGGGUGCUCAUUGA